CCCGGUGCUCAUGGCCAUGGGUUUCAGUCUACGGUAUCUGGGAGAAUGUGCUCUAAUUUAUGCGUUGAUGAGACUACCACUUACUCCGAAAUCUUUUAUACUUAACCAACCAAAAAAAAACAAACAUCCGCUCAUGCUAAUUUGCCGAUUCCAACCGCAACCUUUCCAAAAUUCAACGUUUCCAAAGUUCUGCUCGACCACUUGAUCACGGAAUGAAAUUUUCAAUCGCCAACAUGACGUCCUUUCACUCCCGCGCACAAACCCGUGCUGGUUGUCCAGAAAUGAUGGGAUAGGUGUUGCGAUCACGGAGACUACCGAGUGAUUGACACAGCAUCGUAUGCUUGUCCCACAGCCUUUCUCAAUCCACAAAGCCGAUCCUUGCUGCGUCAAGUCCCCGUUCUGUUUACGUAUAUCUAUGCAAGUCAAGGCUAUUCAUGGCUUCCAAGGUUGACGCCGUCAUGUCAGCAAAUGUCGGUGUCGGGUCUCGACUCAGGAUGCCUACCACGUCUGACGUGUAUGUUUCCAUGUGUCAACAGACCCAUGGCCAGGAGGGGUCAUUCUGUGUGGGAGAAGUUGGUCCGUUCGAGCCGAGGGUGAAUUCGAGGUCAGAUAAUGGUCUCUCGGGAUGUAGGGGUAGACGAUUUUGGUCUAGCUCACGGCGCUGUGAGUGGCGGUUGUACAUGCGAUGCUUCACUGCCGGGUGGGUGCCGACUGACUUGCCAACGGACCGCGGCCUCGCUCAUAUUUUUUGUGUCUUCGCUUGCUUGCGAUGGUGCGAGGGAGUUAGACGGACGAAUACGGAAAUGGCCGUGGCAUGUUCCAUUCAGUUGGCGCCGCAUCGAGCCUCGUCUGACUUGCCAGGGGGACUGUGACAAGGGACGCAGUCGAUUGUACACGGCCAGGAGCAGUGCCUGCGGGCACCACCCGUAUCGGUCUGCCCACGAUCCCACGAUCUCCCUCCCUCACACACAACCACCUACCUGCUGUCUCACCGCGCUCGGACCCACAUGCUGCCAACGAAAGUCGUCGUGAUCGGAGACUCGGGGUGUGGGAAGACGACGUUGCUGCGCGCAUGCAUCGAGCUGCAACGGAAGGGAAAGGACAAGGAGCAGGCGGAGGACACGAUUCGCUGCCCAUCAUGCACAUGCACAUGCACAUCCACGUCCUGCAGCUCAGGCUUCGAAGAUUCGAACGGCGACGCCAGCUUCGACGUAUACCCCGUCUCCGUGUGCGACGACCCCAAUGCCAGUCUCCUGCUCUUUCAAGACACCCCCGGUUCGUACACCUACGACCGCCUCCGCCCACUCGCAUACGCGCACACCCAGGUCGUGCUGCUGUGCUUCAGCAUCGAUUCGCCCGACUCGCUGCACGACAUUCUGACCCGAUGGACGCCCGAGCUGGAUCUGCUGGGGAGCCACUUGCGCGUGCCGCGGCUGCUGGUGGGGUGCCGAGCAGAUCUGCGCACAGACUCGCGCGUCGUGCGGGAGCUCCGGCUGGCUGGAGAGCUGCCGGUAUCAAGCGACGAUGCGGACGCGGUGGCGCGCCGGGUCGGCGCGGUGGGGUACGUGGAAUGCUCGGCGCGCGACGGGACGGGCGUGGAUGACUUGGUGCACCGCGUGGCUCGAGUCAGCGGGCGGUUGCAUGAGGCAGGGGGACGGUUUCGACGUCGAUUUGGAGCCAACCUGCUUCGCGGGCUGCUGCUUCAAAUGAGGCGUGAUGUAGAUGGGGGCCGCAGCGCUUCGUUUGCGCCAUGCAUGAAUCAUCACGCGAUGAGAUGAGACCGUCAGGCGCUCAGAAUUGGAAGUUCCCCCGUCCCGGUGAUUGACUCAGGUUCUUUCUCUGAGACCGCACACCAGGACCCAGGUCCAUCUACGGUCAAGUAUACAGAUGACCGUGCUGGAACGCCUAUGUACAUAUCUCGAUGGGCCACAGACUCGAGCGUAAGAAAGCAUUCAGUGGAUCUCUGAUCACCCUCUCUUUGCAAACUCCUCCGUCUAAUCCUUUUCGCUAAUGACUGCGAUGUAUCGACACUUUUCGCAGGCAGGACUUGUUACUUAGUGCAAUACGAGCCGAGCAUAUACGUAGCACAUAUCAUCCAAAUCCUUCGAAGUAAUCCAUUUGGUGCCGAAAGUUGGCCAUCCGAAAUCACGGUCCAAGGUAAUACAGGGUCAAUGAUUUCUGAGAUAAGAUUGUAGAUGGUCAGCACGCAGUGAUUGCCCGUGAAGAGCCGAUGCAUCCUGGUCUAUCAAUCACUGCCUCUGACGGAGAUCUUGCUCUAUUGUAAGUCAGAUAGGAAUGGAGAAGUGUGCAAGCUGUUUCCAGGCUCAAAUCGUGCAGUUUUGUUUAUCUUCGUCUGCUUGAAGCGAUGGAAAGUGAAUGAGACUUGAGAAUCAGAACAGAUCGCGAUCGCUUGAGCGCAAACGACCCAUACGAAUGGAUCGGGGUACGAACAAGAUGCACCCGCUCUGGUUGGCACAUCGAGGGCAGGGGGCAGUUCGGAUGGGCACCGGACUAGCUAAUUCAAACCGAAACACCUGGCACUCUGAUCUGAAAGCGUGGUAUAGCCUCAAACGACAAUGACACAGCACCUCAAUCGUACGCUGGCGGCGGGACAUCUGGCACCCCGUGUACAUCCCCGUCCGUAUUCCCACUGUGCGCACUCCUCUCCCCCUCUAAUCGGGCAACCUGGGCCCUCAACGCCUGCAUCUCGGCUGCGAUCGUGGACAAUGCCGGGUCUGGGGGUGGGACGGCGGCAUGCGCGCGCGGCCCGUUGUCGGGAUUCGCCGCGAACGCCAUCGGCGACUCAGCACCCCUCUCCGGCUGCUUUUUCUCAUCGACGAUCCACUGUCGCGGUGGCGUGUAUUCCGCUUCGAUCGCGCGCUGCUGCGCGAGGACGUAUGACUGGGCGGACGAUUCCGGCUCUCGAGACGAGGACGACGGGCCGGCGACGGGCGAAUACGAAAGCGUCGCUCGUCCAUUGGCUUCAUAAGUGUAUGUGCUUGGCGAUAUGGGUGUCGGGGGAAAGUAUGCGGAUGCUUGUGAGGGCAGAUAGGCGAUGGGAGAUGUCGCGGAUCCCGGAUCGCGAUAGCUGCCGCUGCUGCCGCUCAUUGGUGAAGAUAGCCCUGACACGUCGACAGAUUGUGUGGACGGCAUUCGAAGCAACGCGGCUUGCGAUUCUUGUGCCCCUGGGUCCUCUCGAUAUCGGCUUUGCUGUUGAGGAUAGACACUCGACUGUGGAU